AUGGCUUCCGAUUCGAAGAAGCGGGCAAGGCCUAUCCCAAAGUCAAGCCAAAAAUCCAAGAGACAAAAAGUCGAGCCUGCGAAAAAUAAAACCGUGGAAAAAAGGCCAGUAGCAUUGGAUGCAUUGCCAUGGAACGAGGUCAAAUUACCCGAUAUGUUUGACGAUGCGGAAGGAUUCUUUGGCCUUGAGGAAGUAGAGGGUGUGGAGGUGGUCAAAGAGGGGAACCAGUUGAAAUUUGUAUCUGCAACUGUCCAAACUCCCGAGAACGAAGACGAAGAAUGGGAGGGUUUCGGAGAAGACGUAGUAGAAACUGCGCCUGUGGAAGCAUCAUCGAAUGUAGAUUUGAAGUCAAAGGCAGAAAAGAAGGAGAAUAAAUCCAAGGCCAAGAAGGAUAAAAAAGAGGAGUCCAAGAAAGAAGCGCCCAAAGCAGAGACCAAGGCAGAACUUGAGACGAAUAUUUUCAAGGCACUAGAAGAAGAUGCAGAAGAUGGCAUAGACGUUUCUGCAUGGGAAGAUCUCGACCUUUCUUCUCACACCCUAGGUGCUCUAUCAAAACUUGGGUUUGCGAAACCCACUCCCAUCCAGUCAGCCGCUAUACCGGAAAUCCUUGCAGGUCAUGACGUUGUUGGAAAGGCAUCAACUGGUUCUGGAAAGACAUUAGCUUUCGGACUACCAAUAUUGGAAAGCUGGCUCGAGACAUACGGAGAGUUAGAGGAUGAAGACCUGAAAACUGCACGGCCUCCUACUGCUCUGAUUCUUUCCCCCACCCGCGAACUGGCACAUCAGUUGACGGAACAUCUCAGAGCUCUUUGCAAGGGUCUAUCGAACGCUCCGUUUGUAGCUGCUGUCACUGGCGGUCUAUCCGUCCAGAAACAACAACGGCAGCUAGCGAAAGCAGACAUUGUGAUCGGUACACCUGGACGCCUAUGGGAGGUGAUGAGCUCGAGUAUAGAGCUGUCAGCAUCUUUCAAGCAAAUCAAGUUUUUGGUGGUGGAUGAAGCAGAUAGACUUCUAACAGAAGGCCAUUUUAAGGAAGCAGAAGAGAUUCUCAGCGCUUUGGACAGGCAGCAAAAUGCGGAGGAAGGUGAUGAGGAGAAUAUCCCUCCUCGACAGACUUUGGUGUUUUCAGCUACGUUUGCAAAGGGUCUCCAGCAGAAAUUGGCUGGGAAGGGAAAGCAGGGUCUUAUGGAUGAUGCAGAGUCGAUGGAGUAUCUUCUAAAGAAGCUCAAUUUCCGAGAAGACAAGCCCAAGUUUGUUGAUGUCAACCCCAUCUCCCAGAUGGCUGAUGGGCUGAAAGAAGGCAUGGUUGAAUGUGCCGGCACCGAAAAGGAUCUCUACCUCUAUUCCCUCCUCCUCUACCACCCAAACCAACGCACCCUAAUCUUCACCAACUCAAUCCACUCGGUUCGCCGCCUCGUUCCCCUCCUUCAAAACCUCAACCUGCACGUCCACGCCCUGCACUCCCAAAUGAUCCAAAAAGCCCGCAUGCGCUCCAUCGAGCGCUUCUCCUCGCCCAAAGCCACGUCCUCCAUCCUCGUCGCCACCGACGUCGCAGCCCGCGGUCUGGACAUCGGCGGCGUGCAACUGGUAAUCCACUACCACCUACCCCGUACCGCAGACAUGUACGUGCACCGGUCUGGGCGCACGGCGCGAGCCGACGCAUCCGGAUCAAGCAUAUUGCUGUGUGCGCCCGAGGAAAUCGUAGGGACGCGUCGCCUGGUUGCGAAAGUGCAUGCGCAGAAUGCGGUCCAGGGCGGCGGGAAUAAGAAGCAGUAUUACAUGCGCUCGCUGGAUCUGGAUCGCAAGGUUGUAGGGCGCCUGAAGCCCAGGGUUACGCUGGCGAAGAAGAUCGCGGAUAGUGCGCUGGCCAAGGAGAGAAAGGGGCAUGAUGAUGAGUGGGUCCGGAAUGCGGCCGAGGAGCUGGGUGUGGAUUAUGAUAGUGAGGAGUUUGAGGCUGCGGGUGGGGCGAGGAAGGGGAGGGGGACGGGGAGGAAGUUGAAGGAGAAGGAGGCGAGGGCGUUGACGAAGAAUGAGUUGGGGGCUUUGAAAGGGGAGUUGAGGGGUUUGUUAACACAGAGGGUCAAUGUUGGUGUCAGUGAGCGGUAUCUAACCGCAGGGACUGUUGAUAUCAAUGAGCUGUUAAAGGGAGCCAAGGGCGAUUUCUUAGGAAAGGUCGAAGGAAUCGGUAUGGAGGAUUCAUAG